UGGCACGCCCUCAGCAGGGUGGCUAUAAGGCUCAGGAACGGGGGCCCACAGGGGAGCUGGGGCCUCCACUGCUGCUAUAUGGCCCUGCUGUUGCUCCUGGGACUGCUGGGACUACUGGGGCUCCUGGGCCUCUGGGGGCUGCUCUGCACCGCAGCCCCAGGCCCCUCCCCAGCUUCACAGUGGCCCCCUGGGCCUCGCCCGCUGCCGCUCCUGGGGAACCUGCCCUUGCUUCGAGCUUCACAACAGGACCAGUGGCUGCUGGAGCUCUCAGAACGCUAUGGGCCGAUGUUCACAGUUCACCUGGGAGGCCAGAAGACUGUAGUGCUGUCAGGCUACGAGGCUGUAAGGGAUGCCCUGGUGGGCACUGGACAGGAGCUGGCUGACCGGCCUCCCAUUCCCAUCUUUCAGCUCAUCCAGCAAGGCCGUGGCAUCUUCUUCUCCUCUGGGGCGCGCUGGCGGUCUGCCCGCAGGUUCACAGUGCGAGUGCUGCACAGCCUGGGUGUGGGGCAGGGCCCAGUGGCUGGCAAAGUGCUGCAGGAGCUGGCGAGUCUCACAGGAAAGCUGGAUGGCUUCAGAGGCCAGCCCUUCCCACUGGCCCUGCUGGGCUGGGCACCCUCCAACAUCACAUUCACGCUUCUCUUCGGCCAGCGGUUUGACUACCAGGACCCUGUGUUCCAGUCCCUGCUAGGGCUGAUUGAUGAGGUCAUGGUCCUAUUAGGGUCACCCAGCCUGCAGCUUUUCAACAUCUAUCCAUGGCUGGGGACCUUUCUUGGUCUGCACCGGCCUGUUAUGCGCAAGAUUGAAAAGGUCCGAGCCAUCCUGAAGACGAUCCUGGAGCAGCGACGGUGCACUACACCCAGGGGUGGCCCUGUACAGAGCUAUGUGGAUGCUCUGAUCCAGCAGAGUCAGAUACAGGGGGAUGACCACCAAGGCCUGUUCACUGAGGCCAAUGUUGUGGCCUGCAUGCUGGACAUGCUCAUGGCUGGCACAGAGACCACCUCUGCCACGCUGCAGUGGGCAGCCCUACUGAUGGCCAGGCACCCGGACAUUCAGGGUCGUGUGCAGGAGGAGCUGGACCGUGUGCUGGGUGCCAGGAGGCUCCCGCAGCCUGAGGACCAGCAGCAGCUGCCCUAUACCAACGCAGUGCUGCAUGAGGUGCAGCGCUAUAUCACGCUGCUGCCCCAUGUGCCUCGCUGCACAGCCACUGAUACCCGACUGGGUGGCUACCUGCUCCCCAAGGGCACGCCUGUGAUCCCUUUGCUGACCUCGGUACUGCUGGACAAGACCCAGUGGGUGACCCCCAGCCAGUUCAAUCCGGGGCACUUCCUGGACUCGGAUGGGCAUUUUUUGAAGCGGCUGGCCUUCCUGCCUUUCUCUGCAGGCCGCCGUGUCUGCGUUGGAGAAAGCCUGGCCAGGACUGAGCUUUUCCUGCUGCUGGCUGGCUUGCUCCAGCGUUACCACCUGCAGCCUCCACCUGGUGUCAGCCCUGCUGCCCUGGACACCAUGCCUGCCCUGGCCUUUACCAUGAGGCCCCGGGCCCAGGCCCUGUGUGCGAUACCCCGGCACUAGGGUGAUCUACCAGGCGACUCCCUGCCUGGCCCACAGCACAGGAGUCCCUGGUAGGUGACGGGGCAGCAGCAGUGUCCCUGAGGAUGACUGGCAAGUAGACCCACCCCACCCAGUCACAAAAGGUUAGGUGUCCAGCAGUCAGCUUUUGUGAGCAGAUCACAUCCACUGCUGGUGGGAAACAGACUCUUGUCUGGGUGCCCGAGAGGGAAUGUGACCUCAUAGCCCCAGUCUGUCUCUGCCAAGGCCUUAGCUCUCUCUCAGGCUCCUGCAUCCUCCGUACUACCCGCUCUCUUCUACUCUUGCCCCCUGGGCAGCCAGGCCCCCAGUACAGACUAGAAGUGUCCCUUCAGUGCUCCCCUAAGCCUAUCUCAGAUCCCAGGAGGCCUCAUGUUGCCCCACAUUUCCCAGGGCCUCCUCCAGCCAGGGGCAGGAUCUGCCAGAUGCCCUCCAUAGCUGCAGUAGGUGCUACUGGCCCUGGGGCACCAUGUACCAUGGCUCAACCUUGGCUGAUAUCACCAGUUCUCACCCUGCAUCAACCAGGCCUGAAGACCUGGCUGAUUCUCCAGCAGAUGCCCUGUUCUGGGGGUGUUGUGGGGCACUGGCUGGAGGCCUCUGCUUACCAUCAAAUGGUGCCCUUGGUUUCCCUAACUAGUGUGCUCUUCAUGAUGGGUGCUGCACUGAGGGCCCUGGUCUACCCCAGUGUACUGGGGACUAGGAACCUGAAUCUCAGUUUAUUCAUCUGUGGAAUGGGUCAUGACAGAGAACCAGAGAGCUUCAUUGGGAGAUACAGGGUUGAGGUAUCCCAGGCUGAGAUACCAGAGGCAUCCACAGGAAGGAAAGGGGAGGUCCCUGGGACCUCAGGGGGCACAUCAGGGAAUGAAGAGGCAGCUGGCAAGUUCUUCAGGCCCCACUGCACUCCAUCUCAGGAGGUCAAAGACUUCCACUCAGGACAGCCACCACCAGGACUGGCUGCUCAUGGAAUCUGGUGCAGAUUGGAAACUGAGGUGCUGAAAUGCACAAAGUUCAGCCAGAGUUCCACUCUCCCCACUGCUAUGACACACUGAAGCCUUGAGGGCAGGAGCUGGGCCCAGGUGGCACCCGCUGCCCACUGGGCUCCAUGGCCUCCUGUGUGGGCUGGAGAUCUAGAUGGCUGUACUUGGUUCCCAGCCCAUCUUGUGACCUCUGUCCUCACCGUGGCGGAGGCAGAGACAUCUAUCUGGCUCCCACAGAAUGCCCUGGGGUGGGCUCUCCAAUGUGGGCCUCUGUAGGACACACACACACACACAGGGUUAUCUAAGAAUCAGACUUUCGUGGGGGUUCUGUGUGGCUCCUGGCACAGUUCAUAUCAGCCUGGUGAGCUCGAGUUGGGGGUACCCUAGGCAGGCUAUGGCAAAGGAGAGGGCAGCUGGGUGUAAGGGUGCACGCCUGUGAUUCAAGAAUUCUGUGAGGCUGAGGCAGGAGGACUGUAAGUUCAAGCCCAGCCUGGGUGACAGUGAGACUGUAUCAAAAUAAAUUUUAAAAAGCUGA